GAUAUUCCAUGACUUCACACAAACGACUUGCAUUCAAAACUACUGGCCAUAUUCGAACAGAAGACCUUGCAAUGUUGCCAAGUAAAUCGUAAUAGUGAUGAUGGUAUAUGUAUACGACAAAUGAAAAAAAGUAUAGACGUGGAACAUGAACACAUAGUAUAUGUUUGAAACUAAAAUGCGCACGAGCGAAAUAGCUACAAAGACAGUGUAAAAUAUUGACAUUGAACACAGAUAAGAGAUUAACGAAAAGAAGAAACAUUUUCUAAAACUGGAAUCAAGUAUAAAAUGCAAAGAGAAUAUUGCUGAUAACCACCGAUUAGGUGUUGGACUCAACGUGUGUGAAUUGAAAAGUAAAAAAAAAUAUUUUGACAGAACAAUUAGUCAGUGAUUGAAUAGGUUUCUGUUUUUAAUUUCGAUUUUAAAAAUAAAAACAAACAUAGAAGUGAACGUUUUGUCAUUAUACGGCUAAGUUUAAAGUGUUGACUACGCAAACGUUUCGUCAAUUAGGUGGUUUAAGUAAAGCUGAGAUGUUGUCUUCACUGAGAGUAAGGAAUAUCGUGUGGAAGCAAGCGUCUUUGAUUAAGCGUUCCUAUAAUGCAUCCGCUCAGUUACCAGACUUAACAAAGGAUCGAUACCAAGUAAAAAGAGGAGACUAUUCACAAGUAACGGAUGCGGAUGUAGGAUUUUUCCAGUCAAUUCUAGAAAAUUCACGUGUUUUACUGGAUGAAAGCGACACGCAGAGCUAUAACAUUGAUUUCAUGAAAAGUGUUCGAGGUUUUAGUCGAGUCGUUCUAAAGCCGAAAACAACUGAGGAGGUGUCGGGAAUUCUGCGUUACUGUAACGAUAGAAAAUUAGCCGUUUGUCCACAAGGGGGAAAUACAGGUUUGGUCGGUGGAUCUGUUCCAGUAUUCGAUGAAAUAGUUGUUUCGACUCAAUUAAUGAAUCGAAUUGAUAAUAUCGAUGAACUCUCAGGAACUCUUGAGUGUCAAUCAGGAUGUAUUUUAGAGCAACUGGAACAAGCUGUCUCCGAAAAAGGACUUUGUAUGCCACUGGAUCUUGGUGCGAAAGGUUCGUGUCACAUUGGAGGAAAUGUUUCCACAAAUGCUGGAGGUAUUAGACUUCUACGCUAUGGUAAUUUACAUGGCUCUGUCCUCGGUGUCGAAGCGGUCAAAGCCGACGGUACAGUGUUAGAUUUGAUGUCGAAUUUCAAGAAGGACAAUACUGGCUACCAUCUUAAACACAUGUUCAUUGGCUCGGAAGGCACAUUAGGAUUUCUAACCAAGGUAUCGAUAUUCUGUCCAACAGCAUCCAGAGCAAUUAAUGUUGCAUUCCUCGGUUUGGAGAGUUACGAUGCUGUUUUGAAAACAUUUCUUGCAGCGAAAAGAGAUUUGGGUGAAAUUCUGUCAUCAUGCGAGAUGAUAGAUCAGGAAGCUCUGGAUUGCAGUCUGAAUGCCUUUAAUCUAAGAUCGCCUAUAUCCAAAUAUCCAUUUUACAUGCUGAUUGAAACUUCCGGAAGUCGCAUGGACCAUGAUGAAGAGAAGUUAAAUAAUUUUUUGCAACAUGUGAUGGAAAAACGACUAGUACUUGAUGGAACGGUGACCAAUGAGCCCGGGAAAAUGAAGCUAAUCUGGACGCCUCGGGAAUCGAUCGGCCAAGCCAUAUUUAAAGAUACUUACAGCUUUUCAUACGAUGUAUCCCUCCCGUUAAAACAUUUCUACGAUUUGGUUGAUGCAACUCGAAAACAAUUGGAUGAAUUACCAGUAAAAGUUUUUGGCUUUGGUCAUAUCGGUGAUUCAAAUUUGCAUUUAGUUGUGCGAUGUAGUGAAUUCGACCCGAAAGUGUAUCAACGCCUGGAACCGUUCGUGUACGCAUACACGUCAAAGCUUUGUGGUAGCAUCAGUUCAGAGCAUGGAAUUGGAUUUUUGAAAACGAAUUACUUGAAAUAUUCUAAGAAAUCUGAAUGUUUUGAUGUUAUGAAAGAAGUGAAACGCCUAAUGGAUCCCAAUGGUAUAUUGAAUCCUUACAAAGUCCUUCCAGAGAGAUUUUAGUAUAUUCCAUGAAUGUAUUUAGGGAUAUACAAUCAAUGUACUUCAAUCUGUUGACUGUUGACAUCAUCAGAAAGUAGGGAAAAUUUUAUUUCAAUUCAUUCUACAGUAAAUUCAUCAGAAAUAUAUUUAUGUGAUCGAGCAAAAAGGUUUUUUAGUAAAUAAAUCUUCGGAGUCCAAAGUUUGGAUUAUCAUCAUACUGGUUCAUUCUCUUUAUCGAUCGUUAAAUUAAGUAUUCCCGAAAAAUGAGUCACACUUUCAUGAAGUGUUCACUAAGUUUUCGAUGGCUCGAG